GUAAUCACUAGUGGGUCCCCCCAGCAUCCACACAGUAUAUUGACCUGCCGGCUUUGGUUCGGAUACUGAUAAGUUAAACAUCGAGGAAUUAGGUUCGGAAACUGCUUCGCAAAUCUUCAAAGCAAACUCAGCCUCAGCCUCGGCUUUCUGUUAAGUUGACGAACAAGUCCAAUAAUUAUGUUCCUUUCAAGGUAAUUUACUAAUUUUGAAGGGAAGAUGGGAGCUAGAGUUCCGGUGCAGCAUUAUGAUAUGAGGUCGGCGGAUUCGUAUAUAGAGACCUCAUUGCAUGAUCUCAAUGCUGAGGGUAUUGGUGGCGGUGGUGAUGAUGUUGAUCGUGGAGGAGGUGAUGUAACCGAGGAUAGUAUGGACAAUGGCGAAGAGUCCACAGCUGUUGAUUGCCUCCAUGAAUCCUUCAGAAACUCAUUACCACUUCAUGGUAUAGUGGUCGAGGAAGAUCGUACUAGCAUUGAAAAUAGUGGAUCUUCAACGGGCUCCUACAAUAUUGUUACUAUUGAUGAUAUUUCGCCGAUUGAAACGGCAAGGACAAGAUUUUUGGACAUUAUCAUAGAUCAUUUCAUAAGGCCACACGUAGUUGAAGUUGUAGAUUCAGAGGCAGACUUUGCAGCUCAAUCUUCACAAGAUAAAAUGAGCAAGCGGAAGUCUAGAGAAAUCAAUUAUGAAGGUGAUGCUACAUUUGUUUUGCCCUUGAUGUAUGUGGCUAACAUGUAUGAAACACUGGUUAGUGAAGUGAAUGUAAGGCUCUCUUCUUUAAAUGGCAUGCGUGAAAAAACCAUCGGUGUGGCCCUUGAAGCAGCUGGUGGUUUAUACAGAAAGCUUGCAAAAAAAUUUCCCAGGAAAGGACCUUGCACAUUUAAAAGGCGGGAGUUGGCUACAUCUUUUGAAACAAGGGCAAGGUUUCCUGAAUUAGUGAUACAGGAGGAAAAGCGUGUUCGGUUUGUUGUGGUUAAUGGCUUAGCCAUUGUGGAGAAACCAACAAGCAUAUGUAUUGAUGAUGCAGAAUGGUUCAGAAGACUGACGGGCCGAAACGAAGUUGCUAUAUCCCCCAGAGACUAUAAAUUCUAUGCUCCAAGACACAAGUAUAGACGUGCAUCAAACUCAGUUUCCAAUAUCACUGGUUUUUCAGCAUUCACCAGCACAGACAAUGCUUCUUCAUUAGCUGCAGGUCAAAGCUACCGCUCUGUCAGUGAAGAUAGUCAACAGACUACCUCAAAGCAGCAUAUGCAACCUCUGUGCCAUCAGGGUCAAUUUCAUCCCCUUCAGCACCAGCACCAUAUCAACCAAAGCCAACAUAUAGCCCACUUCUCUCAUAAUCAACAAUGUGGCCCUCAGUCACACUUGCCUGAAAUUGCUCAUUCUCAGUCGCCAACCAUGUCUCCGCAUAUGGCUUGCUUACAACAAUUAGGCCAUGUUGGUGGACGCAUGCAUAUAAUGCCUACAAGUCCUGCGAAGUUUUGUGACGAAUGUGGUACUCCCUACUUGAGAGAGACCUCUAAGUUCUGCUCAGAAUGUGGUACAAAGAGAUUAGGAAUUUGAUGCGAACUCAUCCAGUCUCCCAAUGUGAAUUGUACAUUAAUUGUAAAUAUGUAUACAUUUCUACACCAGAUUCCUCAUCUUUCUCUCCAUCUCUCUUGUUUUUUGUUCUUCCUUCGGUUUUUAUUUUCUGUGGGGAAAAAAGGUUCUCUUUGUUUUUUGUCCCUGUGGGAGAAAAGGUGUUUUCUCUAUCUUUUUUGUUUCCUUUUGUUUUUUGGGGGCUCAGUAUAUGCAUGUAAUUACUUGUUCAGAUUUGCCCUUUUUGUGAAAAGCUCUAACUUUCCCCUUCGUUAGGAGUUUUGCUCA